AUUAAAAAUGUUCUACCCCGUGCUGUUCUUUGCUUGUUCUUCUUGCUGGAUGCCGUUUUGACAGUUGGUACAUCGCCCCGGAUUCACCGACCAGGUUACCGUACGGGGUUGACCACUUGAAAUCCGCCCGUCAUUCUCGCCUGUGUCGACAGUGAUAUUCGACAAAGUCGACAUACGGCGUUGCUGUAUGGUAGGAAGAAAUUUUUGGUUGUGUCAUUUGCUGGCCGAAGGAAGGGAAAAAAAGAUUACAAAAAUUUUCCUCCUCUCUAGCGUUUUGCGGUGAUAAUGUUUUGCGGGUUAAAUUGUGCGAAGAAAAUGGAUUAACCUUUGGGCGCGAGUGGAUGUGUGUGUGUGUGUGCUUCAAGUGCGCCAGUCGUCUCCCCGGAUAGAGAAGAUUGAUAAGCAAGGCACACGGGCGGGUCUGUGUGCUGUGGCCUGACGACUUUCUGGCAAGGAAGGAAGGAAGGUUCGGGGGAAUACAAUAAAAAUCAGCCAGCGCCUUUAUCCGCUGUACGACGGAAACAACAGUGGCUGAUUGUGCUUGUUUAUUGCGUGUGUGUGUUAGAAGAGAGGCGAGAAUAAGAUUAAAGGCAGUGUACGGAGUGGCCAAGUGCAUCGUCAUCGCAUUGGGACCAACGGUAGGACAGUAGCAGCAACAUGAUCGGCGGACUGUUCGUGUACAAUCAUAAGGGAGAGGUUCUGAUCUCCCGCGUGUAUCGCGACGACAUCGGCCGGAAUGCAGUCGAUGCGUUUCGCGUGAAUGUGAUUCACGCCCGGCAGCAGGUCCGCUCGCCGGUAACAAACAUUGCCCGUACGAGCUUUUUCCAUAUCAAGCGGGCAAACAUCUGGCUGGCGGCCGUCACGAAGCAGAAUGUGAACGCGGCCAUGGUGUUUGAGUUUCUGCUGAAAAUUAUCGACGUAAUGCAGUCGUACUUUGGCAAGAUUUCGGAGGAAAACAUCAAGAACAAUUUCGUACUGAUCUACGAGCUGUUGGAUGAAAUUCUCGACUUUGGCUAUCCGCAAAACUCGGAUACGGGCGUGCUGAAGACGUUCAUCACGCAGCAAGGCAUCAAGACGGCGACGAAGGAAGAGCAGGCUCAGAUAACGUCGCAGGUUACGGGCCAGAUUGGAUGGCGCCGGGAGGGCAUCAAGUACCGCCGGAACGAGCUGUUCCUCGAUGUGCUCGAGUACGUUAAUCUGCUGAUGAGCCCCCAGGGUCAGGUCCUGUCGGCGCACGUUGCCGGCAAGGUGGUGAUGAAGUCGUACCUGUCCGGUAUGCCCGAGUGCAAGUUCGGCAUCAACGAUAAGAUCGUGAUGGAGGCGAAGGGUCGCAGCGGCAUUUCGGGCAACGCGGACAAUGAAGCGUCCCGGUCCGGUAAACCGGUGGUCGUGAUCGACGAUUGUCAGUUCCAUCAGUGUGUGAAGCUGAGCAAGUUCGAGACGGAACACUCGAUCAGUUUCAUACCGCCGGACGGGGAGUUUGAGCUGAUGCGUUACCGCACGACCAAGGACAUUUCGUUGCCAUUCCGGGUGAUUCCGCUGGUGCGGGAGGUGGGCCGAACCAAGAUGGAGGUAAAGGUGGUGCUGAAGUCAAACUUUAAACCGUCGCUGCUGGGACAGAAGAUUGAGGUGAAGAUUCCGACGCCGCUCAAUACGUCCGGCGUGCAGCUGAUUUGUUUGAAGGGUAAAGCGAAGUACAAGGCAUCGGAAAAUGCGAUCGUAUGGAAGAUUAAACGUAUGGCUGGCAUGAAGGAAACGCAACUGUCGGCCGAAAUUGAACUGCUCGAAACGGAUACCAAAAAGAAAUGGACCCGACCACCGAUCUCGAUGAACUUUGAGGUUCCCUUCGCACCAUCCGGUUUCAAGGUCCGCUACUUAAAGGUAUUCGAACCGAAACUGAACUACUCCGACCAUGAUGUGAUCAAAUGGGUGCGUUACAUCGGUCGCAGCGGACUCUACGAAACGCGAUGCUAAGACACACGCGCGCGCGCCUGACGAUUUUGUUGCACUACUCUGGAUGUAGUAGCUCCGCUAUUUUUAAUGUAAUUGUUUCGUGCAAGCCAGAGCCCGGCAUCGGAAAGUUAAGCAUUAUUAAGGUACAGCCGCGUACGGCACCGUACCGCGGUAUCCUCUAAUUCUCUCUAUCUCUUCUCUAUCUGCCUUACGCUUGUUUUUUUUUCUUUUACGCCGCAAAACUUGGCUGUUUUCCUUUAGACAAAUGUAGCAAAAUGAUAGCGACAGGGAUUGUUUGUGUUGUGGUAGAGAAAAUUAUACGUUUGAUUUCACACACUGUUUGUUUGGUCUGUUUACUGGCGCUAAAACAAAGAGUCGCACGUUUCAAAAUCGGAUCGGAACAGAACGUUCUACUGUAUGAUGCACCAGCCCCAACACCAGCAGCGCGGUCAUUACUGCUGGGUGCAUUAAUACACAAAAAAAGACGUUAUUAUUGUACGGAGAGUAGCACCGAGAGCAUAUGCACUGAUGUGCAUACGUGCGUGCGUAGCAAAUUAUCCGUGUUAUUAUCGAAUCCAAUGUGCAUAAUGGACACAUACGCGCGCGUGUGUGUGUUCUGGGGGUUCCCGAAGGCGUAUCCGUAUCGUGUAAGCGUAAAACUAUAAUAUGCAUAGAAAGCAUUACCCCUAAGCUACUCUAGAGCGCUCUCGCGCGGGCAGGCUUAUCUCUAUACAUGUAUCGAAGCGGGAACCUUGAAGAUCCUGCGCCAAAACCAAACUCCUCGCAUCGGCGAGUCGUGCUGAACAAACCGCUAUCUAUUAAUUACACGAGUGCAAACAUACACACACACACAUGUUGCGGACGAAUCUCUUGACCGGCGGCGACGAGUAGGGCCGAUAGAGGAGAACCACCCAACACGGCACAGACAUUCAAACAGUGCAAACAGUCCAGAUCAGUGUCACCACACUAAUGUCCGGUAGGGUGAGACAAACGAAAAAAAGGAGAAGUUAUUUAGAUUCCGUGCACCGUGCCGGAAGAGACGGCAUAGGCCUUAAAUGGUCUGCGCCAAAUUUAUUGCUUCUGUAUAUAUUGUAACCCUCCAUCCUUUCAAUGCCCCAUCCCGCGUUUCGCCAUCCAUUCCAAUGCUAUUAGGGUUGAGGUCGUAGAAUGAUUUUCCGUUGUAUUAGAGGACGUUUCGGAUUUAGUUAUCACACUCGGUUCAUUUUGGCUGCAAUACUAUCAACGAGUAUUAGAACACAAAAUUGUAUCCCAUGAUGCACGGGAAAUUAUAACACACGUUCGAUAUUAAUUCAAGAAGACAUAUAGCGUUUUUUGGCUUGGUUCAAGAGAGAGAGUGUCUGUUAGGUCAUGAAACAAGUGUCUACAUGUUUAAAACAAUGUGCGGGUUGAGAUAUAACAGCAAGGGGUAGAAUGCUUAUAAUGUGCGUUAUUUCAAAAUUACUGAUUGUUUUAAACUAUGGAAACACUUGUUGUAGUGACUGCAAAAGGAGCAAAAUAAAAAUUCCAUAGUUCAACUUCAAUAAAUUAUUGAAAUUUAAAGUUUCAUAAAGUUUCGCCAAUAGCAGGAAUUAAGUUAAUGCGCCAAGUUGCGAACCAUACCACACACAAACACACAAUCAUUUCUAUGUGUUAAUGUUCAUUUUUCCUAGUUCCGUGCGCCUAGCAGUAGGACGUGUUUUAGAUUCGUUAAGAUUUGUGAGUGUGUGCAAAAGUAUGAAGCAAACGUAUAUGAUGAAUUAUAAUAACAACACUAUAAAUAUAUACAAAUAUUAUUGGCAGUGGAA